AUGCGGCGUUUGCCGUCGCAGGGCGCGCUUCUGCGCGUUGCAUGGCUCCGCACCACGUGCGAGCGAGCUGCGCAGCAGCAGCUGCAGCAGCAUCAGCAGCCCGCAUGGCGCGCUGCGCUCCACUCUUAUGCUGGCGCGCGCUGGGCGGCGCAGUAUGCUGCGCGCUCAAGCGCAGGGCCCAGCACCAGCAGCAGCUGCGGCGGCGACGCCGCCCGCGUUGCGCUGUGGGCGCCGCUGCGGCGAUGGCUGGCGACAGAGUCUGCGGCGGCGGCUCACGCGCGCAAGCAAGGCAUCAAGCCAGGGGGGAGGGACAUUGACUACCAGUCGCCGGCGAGACGCAG